GGGCUAAACUUUGUGUGUUAUUGUUCUGCUAGCGCCAGGUUUCGGGAACAAGCGAGAACCACACACUACUCACGAUUUUCCUUUAAAAAAGUAGUACAGAUAUGGUUCGCGGAGUUCUUUGAUAAUCUCAUUUUCACAGGAAGUAUGGCAUCUGGCAGGGAAGAGGAGGAGCAGAUUCCUCUUGACAUUGAUAACGUUCAUCUGCUUCUACAAGUUGAACAGGAGCAAAUCCAGAAGAGGACCUUUACCAACUGGAUAAAUGCACAGCUAGGAAAGCACAGAACCCCUACAGUUGUUCUGGACUUGUUCACAGAUGUCAGGGAUGGAAACAGACUUCUGGAUUUACUGGAGGUGAUAUCUGGACAGCCAAUGAGCCGUGAGAGGGGGAGAAGCAUUUUUCAGUGCAGAGCCAAUAUUGAAACAGCCUUGACAUUUCUGAGGAGGAAAUCAAUAAAACUUGUCAACAUUAACAUUCCUGACAUAAUUGAAGGCAAACCAUCUAUUGUUCUUGGCCUGAUAUGGACAAUCAUUUUGCAUUUUCAUAUCGAAGAGCUUGCCAGCUCUCUGGCAUUCAGUUCCAGGCAGUCCUCUAUGGAGUCUUUGGCCAGUAUAGAUUCCUGUUCUACCAUUGACAGCUCAUCACCAAGAAGGAGUGGCACCUUACACACCAAGUUCAAGCUGUCUGCAAAGAAGGCUCUCCUCCUGUGGGCUAGGGAGCAAUGUCACAAGGCUGGUGCUAACAUCAGCAUCAAAGACUUUAAGUCUAGCUGGAGGAGUGGCUUAGCGUUUCUGGCCAUCCUUAAUUCCCUGAGGCCAAAUUUGGUGGACCUGCAGAAAACAAAGGGCAGGACAAACCGAGAAAACCUGGAAGAGGCAUUCCGAACCGCAGAGCAUGAGCUAAAGAUACCAAGACUUCUUGAACCAGAAGAUGUGGACAUCAGUGACCCUGAUGACAAAUCCAUCAUGACUUAUGUGGCACAAUUCCUGCAGUAUUCUAAAGAUUUGCCCGUGUCAGAAGAAGAAAUGCAAGGAAAUCUAACCCAAAAAGUCAAAGGAGUCACGUCCUGGCUUACACAAGCAGAGCAGGAGCUGGAGGGGUCCAUUGGAGAAGCAGAUAAGGAAAGCUAUGAAGAGAAAUUCCAUGCAUUUCAAACUUUUGUUACAACAUUUAAUGAGCAGAAAAGACCCAUUAUGCCUUUGCUGACCGCCAUGAGGAAAACCACACAGCUGACUGAGGAUCAGGUUCGAUUGAAAGAAGCUUGGAACAAAGUCACGUCUAAGAUCAGGGAAUAUAAAGUUUCUCUGGACCUUGAUUUGCCUUCCCCACUGAACGGUGUGGGAGUCUGGCUUCAGAAGAUAGAACCUGUCCUGGGGGAGGAGAUAGCUGAGUCCCAGGACCAUGAAGAGGCUGCAGGCCGAAUCCGGGACACACUUCAUCUGCUAAAGUCUUUGAUGGAAGAAAUGGAUGUUCACUGGCAAACCCUUCAGAACUUCCCAAAUAAAGAUGAAAAUGGAGCCACUCGAGUACCACAAGAGAAAAUGGACGAAUUGAAAAGAAGGUUUACUAGUUUGAGGGUCACAGCCAAGUACCAUGGAAUUAAACUGGAGUACCAGGAGUCCAAGUACUCUGUACAGGCUUUGAUAUGUGCAGUGAACAGCAAAUUAAAUACGUGGAAAACAAAAUAUGGGACUAAGGAAUCUGUAAAGCUGCUUCAGCUGGACUGGCAUGAUUUCAUAGAGAAGCAAAGCUUUGUUACCCGCCUGGAAGCUGCCACUGAAAAGCUGAAAUUAAUUGCCAGCAAUUACACAAGCAGGACUGCUUUAGUUGCCGACUCUCAGUAUAUCAACAAGUUCCUGAAGCAAGUGGACUGCGACUCCUCUGUUUCCCUGGAGUCCAUCAGGAAUGUGAAAGCCAUUUUAUCUCGAGUUGUUUCCAGCUGGGACACCUACACAGAGAACUAUAAUUUCCUUCAGCAAUGGCUAAAGGAAGCACAGACCCAAAUGCAAAUACACACAGCAGAGAUCACGUCAGACUGGAGCACAAGACACGCUCGCUUGAAUGAAGCUGGUAACUUUUUAAUGGAGGUCACCAAUGAGCAAACCAGUUCUCAGCUCUCUGAAGAACUGAAGAAACUAAACAGGCAGUGGGCCGACUUUAUAAAGAGAACUACAUUUGAGAUCAUUCCCCUACCCUGUGAAAGCCCAAGGAAGACCAAUAAGACUGCAGCUAUCAAUAUGAUAGACGAAGCAACACAGAUGCUGCAUGAGCGCUUCGAUAUAUCAACAAGCUCUCUCAGGACCUAUAUCAAGAGGCUAGAGGACUUGAAAAGAAAAUUAGAGGCGGUGGAUUUGGAUUUCAUCCCUCAGUCCUCAGAAAAAUCACCUGUAGAGUUUCCACCUGUGAAGAAUGUAAAAGACACUCUUUCAGAGAUUACAGAUAAGUGUUCCGGAAUUCAGCAAGACUGCCAGUGCUUACUCGGCCAUGUGGACACCCUGGAGAGCAGCUUAGCUUCACUGGAACUGUGGGAAUCGGAAGCACGAGACAUUUUCAAUAGUCUAAACACGAAGCAAAAGGGACAAGUUGACAAGAAAUCUUUACAACUGUUAAUCGCCAGAGGCAAGGAGUUCGAGAGACAAGUUGAAACAGCCCAGGAGAUUGUGCUUGUUGCAGCAAAGAGCAGGUCCCUUCAUCACCUCCAAGCGUCUGGCCUGCAGUCAAGAGUGAACGCAGUGAAUGAUACACUCCAGGUGACAAUGACAAAUUUAAACUCUGCCAUGGAAACAAAGGAACCAGGCUCCUCCUCAGAAGCUGACAUCAAGCUAAGGUUUGAAAGUUCAAAACAGAAACUCCAGGCCUACAUCACGGAUGUUGUGGCACUUCUCAGUGAGAAACACACCUCGGAAGAAAGAGUGGCAAAACACGAGGAAACCUUAACAAGAUCUGAAACAGACAUCCUGGAAGAGUUUCUGGAAGCAUCUGAGAACAUGAAACAAAUCACUCCCUCAAAUCAACAGCAAGAAGUAGAAAAAAUAAGCAAAUGUCUUCGGGAACAGUGGGAGGCUUGCUUUUCUCCUAAGGGCAGCCUGGGUCAAGCCGAUGAUCAUUUACAGGCUAUGAAGGGGAUCUGUGAGAAACUGGCCGCUGACACCAGCUACAGUGUCGCCAAAACCCAGCUUACUGAAUGUGAGCAGAGAAAAGAAGAAAUCGAACAGAGAGCAAGACAUGUAUAUGAGAAUCUACUAACUCGUCACAAUGAACAGCAGUCUUCUGAAAAGAGGCAUGUGUUCUGA